AAUACACCAAAAAACCAUAAAAAAGAAGUAAACACACACACACACACAAACCAUAUAUCUACAUAUAAUAUUGUACAAUACACCUUAAUUCCCUUCAACAAAGCAUCAUUCUCACCCUCUCCAUUUCCCUUUUUUCCCUCCCUCAACUCUAUUCAUGGAGAAUUGUGAUGAGUACAAGCAUUACUGGGAAACCAACAUGUUCCUCCAAACCCAAGAGUUUGACAGUUGGGGAUUGGAUGAAGCCUUAUCGGGGUACUAUGAUUCGAGUUCCCCCGAUGGCGCGGCUUCAUCGGCGGCGUCUAAGAACAUUGUUUCCGAGAGGAAUAGGAGGAAGAAACUCAACGAAAGGCUUUUUGCGCUUAGAUCGGUGGUCCCUAAUAUUAGCAAGAUGGAUAAGGCUUCAAUAAUCAAGGAUGCUAUCGAGUACAUCCAGCACUUGCAUGAGCAAGAGAAGAUUAUCCAAGCUGAGAUAAUGGAGCUUGAAUCUGGGAUGCCAAAGAAGAGUCCUAGCUAUGACUUUGAGCAAGAGCAGUUACCUGUGUUGCUCAGGUCCAAGAAGAAGAAAACAGAGCAGCUGUAUGAUUCUGCCAGUACAAGAAACUCCCCAAUUGAAGUGCUUGAGCUGAGGGUUACAUACAUGGGUGAGAAGACUGUUGUGGUGAGCUUGACAUGUAGCAAGAGGACAGACACAAUGGUGAAACUGUGCGAAGUGUUUGAAUCUUUGAAGCUGAAGAUCAUCACUGCUAACAUCACUUCGUUUUCAGGGAGGCUUUUGAAGACGGUCUUCCUUGAGGCAAACGAAGAAGAGAAAGAUCUUUUGCAGAUAAAGAUCCAGACAGCGAUUGCAGCCCUUAAUGACCCUCUAAGUCCAAUGAGUAUAUGAUACGAUGAAGAUAAUAUAUGUGUUGGAGGUUCUUAUUUUGGGGUCACAUUAGUACGUAUAUAUAUAUAUAAAUACAAGGUUCAGGAACGGUGGUUUUUCUGCUCCUUAUUCGUCAUUACGUGCUAUUUGGUUUCGUCACCUUCUUUUUCCUUCACACUCACCACUCUUCAACUUUGUUACAUGGGAAAGCUUCCAAGUUUCAUCCUUUUUCAUCCCCUUGUGUCGUUAAUUAGCUUAUCAAAACGUUCUUCUUAUAAUAUAAUAAAACUGCAUUUC